AUGAAAGUCGAUUCAUACAUCGUGUUUAAGAGUUUUUCCGUGCCCUAUUACUAUUCAAUAUCGUUUGGAUGGAUGCCUAUCCGUAUACCAAAGAAUGACAGUGAAAUGAUUAUUAACAAGAGUCUGUGGAGUAUACCUGGAUUAAUUUUUUCGUUGUGUUACAUUAUAUUACUUAUAGUUUCUGGAAGUACUACACGAGAAUUAAGGAACGCAAUCAAGUACCAAGGAAACAGAACUUUGAGCAAUUUAACGAUUCAUGAUCGUAUACAGAUAGUUGUUGGACCGAUGUUCAUAAUAUCUUUGUGGUUGAAUCAAACAAUUAUCAUAAUUAUAUACAUAUUGAUGCCAUUUCAUUUGAAAGGUCUAAGAAAAGUUUUCGAGCUCUUUAACACAUUUUUCAAAUGCCAUGGCUCGAUUAUAGGAGACAAAAAUAUUAUUAACAUGAUUGCACGCAACACUAACAUAGAAUCCAUUAUGAUGAUCAUAAUGAACACAGUCCUGUCGAUUGUAUCAGUUACGACGAGUUUCAAUAGGAUUAGACUGUCGUUUGCUUGGAAACUGUUUAUCAUGAUCGACAACGUUAUCCACAAACUUGAAGCGCUUUCACUAUGUAUCCAAUUUUGGUGUAUGUGUUCAAUGUUAGCAAAAUGUUUUAAGUGUCUCAACGUAUCGUUGGACAGGCUUCGAGUCCGAAAAAACCAGGUGACAAUACGCCCACCGGGUUUAUUUACGAUGUCAGACCGGUUGACACUGCCGACCAACAUGGUAAUGCACCUCCGGAAGUUGAACCGAGCGCACACUGACCUCUGUUUCAUUCUCGAUCGCAUAAAUGAUGUUUAUCAGGUGCUGAUCCUUUUGAGCAUCAUCACUUGUAUACUGAACAUGCUGCCCCAUUUAUUCGUCUUAGGCAUCAUCAUGGCAUAUUCAAAUUUUAGAAUUACACCACAAAUAUCCAUGGUUAUAUGGCCGCUGCAUUACAUGAUAAGAGUAUAUAUUUUAUGCAAAGCCGCUUCACUUGCGUCCAACGAAGCCAGACGGACGAAAAUUAUUCUCAACACUGCAUUUGACAAACGUUUGACCGAUGACGAAAAAAAAGGAAUAAAACGUUUCUUGGAAAGGAUUGAUAAUAAGAAAAUAAGAUUUUCUUUAUAUGGCCUGAGUUAUUUGGAUGACGAAUAUUUCUUAUCAAGUGUAAUGGCAGUGGGAGGGUACCUAGUGAUCAUCAUCCAAUCGUACAUGACGGUCAUCGAAGAACAAUAUCCAAUUUAUGAUCGUCCGAGCGCAGACAAAUUUGACGAAUGAACCAACAAGCGCAAUUCUACAUUAUAUUUAUUUAUUUCACAGUUUAUAAUUUUCUUAUACGGCUCACGUAGUAUAUAUAUAGCACACAGUACAGUCAAUAUUACACAACGAUACUAUAUUGUAAAUUGUUCGAUAUUGCUAUUAAUCCUUAUUUGCACGAGAAAUGAAAGUUGGGAUUUUAUAAAAGCUACGUUAAUUUGAUUGAAUAUAUUUAUUCACUUUGAUUGACUUGACAAUGUAUACAUGGGGAUGGGGUUAGAUUGAUUUAAUCGAUAACAAAAUGUUUUCUUAUGUGUAUACGCAUACAUUCUACGAAUAACAAAUUAUAUUAUAGAAAAACGUUAUGCAUAAAAUAAAAACAAAUAAAAAUAAUAAAAUAAUAGUAUUCUUUGUUGUACGCCUUAUGGCUCGCGCGUAUACAAUUCAA